GACUUCAGAGAGCUCGAGGAAGCCUUGGAAGAAGGUCUCUGGGAGGUGGAAGGCGACAACCUUUACUUUGCGGUGGAGGCCAAAGAUGCUUCAUCCGCCGGGGCAGUAGUAGCCAGUGACGGUGGCGUGGGUUCAAUCGCAGAGCUUGUGCACCAGCUCAAUGGUGGACACGGCUGUCAGGUGACUCGCCUGACCAUGGCUGUGAUUUGUGAAGCCAUUGAUAUUGAUUCAAACGGUACCUUCACUAUUGGCCUGGCUUUUGACGACGAUUUUGAGGAGACGGCCCUGCUGGCAGUCACGAUCAGAAGGCCACGACCUGAACCAAGACUGCCGAGAGAGCCAGGCGAUCCGCCAGAAGAGCCGGAGAUGCCAAAGCCCAUUGCACUCCACCUGAAUGGUCAGGUCGCCGCUGAAGAUGUUGGCGAUCUGCCCGUGAAGAUCGAAUUCGAUGUCCAGCUUUCUUGGGACGAGACAAGAACAGCGAUUCUUCGACACCGGCUUGUCCCGGAGGCAGCGGCUUCCGACGAUACGCCGUGCGAGGUCGAGGCGAUGGAGGCGCACACGACCUGCACUGGCUUCUACACGACCGACAUAGGAUUCGACCUAGCGAAGGCCGUCUUCCUGCGUGCUACCGGUACCGUGCGGGUGCGCCUGUUGUCCUUGGAGUGCCAAAGUCUGUGCGUGGAUCAGCAAUGCCCUGUCUGCUGGAAUCUUCUUUGCGAGCCAGUAGCAUGGCCAGGUUGCCCUCACCACUUCUGCUUGAUAUGUGCUCUACGGACACGUCGCAAGCCAAAGCCGAUGUGCCCGUUGUGUCGUGCUCCGGCAAGCCAAGUCAGGCAAGCAGGAGAACUGCAGGUCAAUGCCGCCCACGCAGUCCUCAUACGCAAGGCUGUUGGCUAUUCCGCCUACGAGUCUCAGCGUCGCGAGACAUGGGCGCAGGCAGCAGAUCUCGACGCUGCUGGAGGUUUGGGUGGUCCUCUACCUCUCGUAGCUGGGGGAAGUGAGGCUUGGCAGCGGUUGAGAUUAGGUUCCCAGCAGGAGGUCAUACUUGGGCCAAAAUACGGAGAGUUGUUGAGACGCUCCAAGGGCAGAAAGGAGAGCUGUUCCGCCUUUGCGGUGCUGCUUCAGCCCGCGCGGAUCGAAGUGGGCGCCAAAGGACGUGUUUGCCGCAUCCUGCACGCGAAUGAAAGCACUGCGGAAGAGCAUCGGCAUGUCUUGGUGGAGGCGGGAGCUGCAUGUCGGAUCAUCGAGCUCAGUGAGGAAUCGGAGGCGCAGAGCGGGGCAGAACCUUUGGUGAUAGGGAAGCUUGAGGAGCUGGAUGAGGAGGAGCUGGUUCUCGAAGAGGGUCCGCUGGCGGCUGCCUCCGACAUUGUCCAUAUCCUCGGUGUACUUGGACGCAACCUUCAGGCAGUAAGGCAGCGGUGGAUGAUGACAGCAAUGUUGCAGUUGCUGGACGAGGACCGGCGGAACCUGGAGAACUUGCAAGCAGAUCGGCAGGGGCUCGAGUCGAUGCUCGAUGUGAUGAUGUCAUACCGGCAAAUUAUUCGGCAGAUGGAUACGCUGCUGUCGCAAGCAUCAGAAACGGCUGAGCUGCUCUUGCCAAGAACAGAUGGCGAACGUGAGGAGGACCCUGCGCUUCCGUUUCCCGAAUCGAUGAGUUCUGCGCACGAAAACCAAGCACCAAUGAGGCGGCUUCCACCUGUCAGUGAUGAGGUCCCCGCCGGACCGGCAGACACAACCAUCGUUACGGCGGUUGCUGCGCAGUCAGAGGAGCUUCGAGGUUCCGGACGCUCAGAGCCCAGGGAUCUCCUGCCUGUUUCUCAAGCCGAAGCUCUGCGCAGACGAGGCCACAUUCUUCCCGCAGUCGGUGCCAGUGUUUCUGGCGCAGGCGCGCUACCUAUAUCCAGAACGCCUCUAGCAUUCCGGCGAAACAGGAACCUGCCGCGAGCUGGCAUUUACCCUCGCAACGUUCAGGGAAAUCAGGGCACUCGUGGACGCUGA